AUGGCCGCGGUCGCGCAGGAGGAGUACGCGUACCUAUACAAGGACUCCGGGCAUCCCGCCGGCUUCCUGGAGGCGUUCCGGGCGUUCUACCUGGACGGGCUGUUCACCGACAUCACCCUGCAGUGCGCUUCGGGGGUCAUCUUCCACUGCCACAGAGCCGCCCUGGCAGCCUGCAGCAGUUAUUUCAAAGCCAUGUUCACAGCCGAUAUGAAAGAGAAAUCCAAAAACCAGAUCAGUCUUCCCGGGCUCAGCCAUGCGGUACUGGAAGCCCUCGUGAAUUAUGCAUACACAUCACAGAUCCAGAUAACAAAGAGAAAUGUCCAAAGCCUACUCCAGGCUGCAGACCUGCUCCAGUUCGUGUCAGUAAAGAAAGCCUGUGAGCAGUUUCUGGUGAGGCAUUUAGACACCGACAACUGCAUAGGGAUGCACUCCUUUGCCGAAUAUCAUGAUUGCUCAGAACUAGAGAAGGAAUCCAGGAGGAUAUUGUUAUGGCAGUUUGAAGAAGUGUGGAAGCAGGAAGAGUUUCUGGACAUUGGCAAGGAGAAGCUCUCUUAUAUUCUUUCGAGAGAGAAUCUCAAUGUUCGGAAAGAAGAGGCAGCCAUUGAAGCUGUUGUUAACUGGGUUGCACACAAUGUGGAAGAAAGAAUUGAAGACGUCUAUGAACUGCUGAACUGCAUCAAAGUAGACUUAGAUAACAUGUAUUUGAAGUCAGCUUUAAGCCUACAAAAAAAAUGCCGACUCAAUGGCCGUAAGAUAAGGUCACUCAUAUACAAGGCCCUCGACCUCAAACCCAAGAGUCUUUCCAGAAGACCCACAGCAGCCAUGUACGUGAUUGGAGGAUAUUAUUGGCACCCCUUAUCAGAAGUGCAUGUUUGGGAUCCUUUAACCAACGCAUGGGUCCAGGGAACAGAGAUGCCGGAUCACACCAGAGAGAGCUAUGGGGUCACUAGCUUGGGACCAGACAUAUACGUGACAGGAGGUUACAGAACGGAGAGCAUUGAAGCCCUUGACACCGUGUGGAUAUAUAACAGUGAGAGGGAUGAGUGGACAGAAGGCUGCCCCAUGCUCGAUGCAAGGUAUUACCACUGUGCAGUUUCCUUGAGUGGCUGUGUCUACGCGCUGGGGGGGUAUCGAAAGGGAGCUCCUGUGCAAGAAGCUGAGUUCUAUGAUCCUUUAAUACAGAAAUGGCUUCCUAUUGCAAACAUGAUCAAAGGGGUUGGAAAUGCCACUGCCUGUGCCCUGCACGAAGCCAUCUACGUAACUGGAGGUCACUAUGGGUACAGGGGAAGCUGUACCUACGAUAAAAUCCAGAGAUACCAUUCAGGUAGCAAUGAGUGGAGUAUAGUCACCACAAGUCCACAUCCAGAAUACGGAUUGUGUUCAAUUACAUUACAAAACAAGAUCUAUUUUGUGGGUGGACAGACCACGAUCACGGACUGCUAUGACCCAGAGCAAAAUGAGUGGAAGCAGAUGGCUCACAUGAUGGAGAGAAGGAUGGAGUGUGGCACAGUGGUCAUGAACGGAUGCAUCUAUGUAACAGGAGGAUAUUCCUAUUCAAAAGGAACGUAUCUGCAGAGCAUUGAGAAAUAUGACCCUGAACUGAAUAAAUGGGAAGCAGUAGGAAGUCUUCCCAGCGCUAUGCGGUCCCAUGGCUGUGUCUGUGUGUAUAAUGUGUAAGCAUUUAAUUUUCAUCUUGCUGUUACAGCAACCAGCAGAUGCAGUAUUCAUAAAGUACUGAUUACCUCAUGACUGAGUUGUCUGAUACAAUCUCUUAGCGCAUAUUGUUGAAAAUCAGGUAUAAUUUUUUCUCAUUUUAAACAACUCAGAAAUAUAGACAUGGUAACAAGAUUUCCAUAUAUUUUUCUGUCCAAUCAUUUUUCGUCAUGAAAGUUCUCAAAUGACUAUCUUAUAAUACUUUAUGCAGCUACAUAGAAACUACUGUGAAAAAGAGAUUUGUUUUUGUGGGAAAUCACUGUGGGAAACUAUGAUCUGGUGCUAAGAUGACUAAAGCCAAACCAAAUACUUUACAUUUCUAAGGGCUACUGGGCUUCAGAGGAAAUCUUUGUAUUCUGAAGGUAGCUAUAGAAAUGGAUCAUUGCCCCAGUGGGGAAUGAGGGAAGAAAUGUCAGGCAGUAGCCUCAGAGCACAAGCCAAAAGUGUGCACUAGUUUUCCAGAAGAGCAGUGCUCUGAAGUACAAGGGCGUUUGAGAAAAGUAGUCUCUUUGCCAUUCUUACACUCACUUUGACAGUGCCCAUCAGAAAUGAAAAACGACUCUGCAAGGCUUUGCAAUGGGCUCUUUGGCUGAUGCACAGAUAUUUGUGAGGUUUUUUUUGGUUGGUUGGGCUUUUUCAGAGAAAAGCCUUGACUUGGUAACUCUUUUUUAAUAUCAAAUUCAAGAUAGGUGUCUGUGUGGAAUGGAAGGAUGAAAUGAGAGCGAUUGGAAAGCUGCUAAUGUCCCCCUGCAAUACAAACUUCUCUGUUUUGUUUAAUACCAUUUGAUCUUUGCUAAAAGUGCUGAACUGUGACUUGAGCAAAGGUGACAACUGAAGAAACUUGUCAAAAUAUGUUAUUCAUGGAGAGAUUGAAUGCUAAGUGGUCUACAAGAUUGAUUUAUUUAUUAUUUCUCUCAAAACAUAAUAGGAGAUCUUAAAAUUCUGUGUAGAAGGCAGAUUUUUGUAAAAUGCUUUGUAGACAAAUGGAUCACACUCUGAGUGGCCUGAUAGCAGUGAUUCAAAUAAAAAAAUGCCUUGGGGAGCAGAGAGGCUUUUUUAGCAUCGAUCAGUUCCUCAAUCCAGCUUAUAAAAUGACUGCAAAAAGAGCUAUUAGACAUUGGUGAAAGAGGCAGGGGCAACACAGGGUUGCUGAAGGAUGUAGUGGGAACUUCCCACACCAGCACUGUCACCUAAAAUGAAAUUUUGAUUUUAUUGGAUUUAUCAGAUUCAAUGAAAGGAACUUCCCAAGCAAGUAAGCCCUGAGUUUAUAGUAUUUCUUUUUCUUGAUCAUAAGCGUUUUCAACAUUUUUUUUUGUUCUUUCCCAUUUUUAUGCUAUUUCUGACUUGCAUUUGACUGCUGGUAGCAGACAGCACUCAACUCUGAGCUUUGAUGUAAAGUUCUGUGGUGUGUAUAUAUAUAGUUCUUGUUUUGAUGUCUUUGUAUGUCACCUGACUAUGCAGAAGCUCAUGUGUGCAUGGGUUCAGUGUUUUGCUUCAUUACACAUCCCACUGGGAGUUGUUUAAGGAUCCAAUGUAAUUUGUUUAAAGCGGUGUGGGGAAUUGAACUCUAAUGCUGUUUGAAAUGCGCUGGCCAGGCAGGUGGGCAAAAGAAAUAACACGAAUUUUUUUCUCCUGGAAAUCUUCACAGCUGAGAAAUUGUUCAAAGACAGGUAGAGCAGUAAAGGACAACAUUGCAAAAGCAUGAAGGUGAUCUUUGUAUUGAACAAAACCACAGUGAACUCAACAUAUGUAAUUUUUCAGUGCAAAUUAUGUACCUGUGAAGCUUCAUGUUUGUUGAAAAACAUGAGCAUAGAACAGCUGCUUAUGGCUGGCCUUGAGGUUCAUUCUGGCCCAUAUCCUGUCACCAACACUCAUGGGUUGAGGAAAGGAUCUAAGAACAAGGUGAGGACUAACAAAACAAAACCCACAGUGUCCACUUGGCCACUGCUUCUAAACUAAGUGCUUAGCAUUCCUUCGUGAAAGACAGUACUGUUCCAGGGCAGGAGCACAGGCAUUGGAAGCUAGAUCUGCUUUGUCCCCGUGGGCACCCUGCAGGUGAGCAAUUUGCUGCUUUUUGGCCUCAGUGCUAAGUGGAAAAAAGCCUUUAGUUCUUCCAUGCCAGAAGAGCAUGUGCUGGUCUGGCACAAACAAAAGUCAAUGAGAUUACUGCCUAGGAUGUCUGGUAAAUUCUAAUUUUUCAGAGACUUUGAAUGCAUUAGAAUAAAUGGAGAUCAGAAGAAGUUCAGACUCAUGGUUAAAUUUCAACUGGUGCUGUUUUUCACAAUAACCUACAGUGCUCUUUUAAAUUAGCUUAUGUCCAUAGAAUAUCCCAAGGUGUGCUGCCAUCAGGUCUUGGACACAGGCAGGAAUAUGAAUUUAGGAAGAGGAAUAGGGAUUCUGCCUUCUGGUCAGUGACCUACGGCAGGUGGGAAGCUCAGAACAAGGAAUCUUUUAGCCAUCUAUAUGGUAUGUUUUUAAUAAUAGUUGAAUGUAAACACUGAAUUAUUGUGCUAUCAGACCUGUAUUUCGGUAGACACAGUUUUAUUGUUUUACUUUUAAACUAGAAAAUUAACUAAUACAGAAAUCAAAUAACUGGUAAAGCCCGUGUUUGUAGCACCAUAGAUGUCCACAGUACAUCUUCAGUACUUCAGUGAAUGUUUGCAGUAUUUAAUAAAUGUAAAUAUACUACC